AGAUCACGUUUAGUGUGAAAUGAUGACGCUGGACGGGAACGAACGGCGUCGUAUUACGCCGGACACACCGACGUCGCCUACACACGGAUCCGUCGUGCUACGUGGUGCUCGUCAUUUUAAUCUUAGAGAUAACUCUCCCGCAAAUCGUCAUUCAUAUCAUGGAGUCACAUCACCAUUGAUGUCGCCUAGAGAACGUCCCGAACAAAUGAAACGCUUCUCGCAACAGCUUCUACAGUAUCCACUACAGUAUGGUGGCGAUCCAUUCUGCGGGAACAAUCACAUGAAACUUACAAGGAAUCAGAGCGAUUCGUAUCAUUCAUCGCCCGUUCUCGACUCAUCGCAACGAUGUACUGCUAGGAAGCGUUGGUCAGCUAGUUUUGGACUAUCGGCGCUGCCAGAAAGAGACAUUAUGAGCUCGAAUGACUCUUUGACAGGUUCUCGCCGAGAUCAUGGUGUUGAUACCAUGCAACAGGGCUCCGAAUUACAGGACAGCCCUCGAGGAAGUGUUGCAUCGGUGAAAAGAGAUGAUGUCAAUUAUCAUCCAACGCAAGCACAUGUCGUACCUCAAGGAAGUAUUCCCAUACAAGGACAAGUUCUUGUGGAUCCGGCCACUGGACAACACUAUAUUGUCCCACAGGCGACAUUUUUCUCUCCACCGAUGCAACCAAUGUAUUUCCAACCGCCAACGCCGGUAUACUACCCAUAUGGACAAGUUCCUCCACCUCAAGGAUACGUCAUGCCGUCCACACCCCAGCAAACCCAAUAUUCGGUUCCGUUACCCUAUCAACAACGGCCGUACGCUUUCCGACCUGGUUAUGCGCAAAGCACGACGUCUAGCGAGGAUAUUAGAAGAGAUGAUGAUAGAAGACUUGAAGAUCCGCCUCCGUCAUCGCCAUCACUGUCGAUGGCUACCCAAUCAGGAUUCUUUCCUACUGGAUAUGUCUCUUCUGCUGCCUCGACUUUUUCACAGCCGUAUCGCCAAAAUCCACAACGUAGUAGUCCCAACAGCCAACCCGAAGACCCAGAGAGUGGUCGGGAUGGGUUCAGGCGAGACGUCACCAGAUCUAGCGCUGAAUUCAAUCGCGUUUCUGGCGAAUUCCACCGCCAAGGAAGCGGUGAAUUCAAUCGCUCCAGUGGUAGCUUCUCCCGAAAUGGCAGUGGUGGUGAUGUAGCCAGAUCAGAAGCCUAUUUCCGCACUGGAAACAGCGAAAACGAAGCUGUAUACAGUCGCAGUGGGGCCCCUCCGGAACGUACCCCGCUCUAUGGCGGGCCCCCGCCGUGGUGGGGACGUCCCCGGGAUGAGCCUGGCGAAUCGCUGACGGAUGUGGAGAGCCCUCGUAUGUCACGACGUAUGUCACCACCAAGUGCGACCGUGUCUGAAUCGGAAUCGCCCCGAGUACGCCCAAUGACUGCAAAGGCUGUUAGGAUGGACAUUGAUUUUAACAAAAUUGGUGAGGAUGAAACACCAAAGCCAAAACCGACCACUGCGCGAUCUGUACGAAUGGACAUUGAUCUCAGCAAACUGCCUGAUAAGACAGAAGCUCCCGAGAAGAAAGCACCUACAAGAGCACCAGCCACUGCUUUCACCGUUACCUUCGACUCACCAACCGAAGAGGUUUCGCUACAAGAUGCGGCUCGAAAGUCAGCGCAGGCUCGUCGUAUUUUGAAUCGUCGAGCUGGUGCUCAUCGUGGAGCUGCUGCAGAGUUACCACCUGCUAAUCCCAGCAAUAAACGAUACCUGAUCAAUAAGUUGCUACAUGGUGAGGGACAAAAUGCUGAAGAAACUGGAGGUGAAGGCACAGAGGUUGAGGAACGUAAGGAAGCGGAUGUAGCCAGCGAGACCGGAACCUAUGUAGUGGAUAUGAGUAAGCGAGUUGGCAACGGUCCAGCAAGUCAACUGAUGGCCGCCAAAAUUGUCGAAGAUUCUGACUCUUCGAGUGAUUCGAGCAGCAGUGACAGUGAGAGCGAGUCUGAAAGUGAACAUGAAAAGCCCCAGCCACCGGCUCAUCAAUCUCCUACCCCACCAUCACCCUCCAAGGUUACCCCUGCUGCUCAGUCAAGCCCUACCCAUUCAUCUGAAAGUGAUGCUAAGACUUCUGUUAACAAAACUGAUUUGGCAAAGGAACUAACAAAACUGCGAGCUAUGGCUGGUAUAAGGCCUACUACAUCCCCUGCAGUCCAAGCUCAUGUAACCAGACCUUGUGGACUGUACGAUCAUUCACGUCCAGGACCAGCAACACCACCACAACCACCACGACCAACUACCGGUAGAUCCUCACUUGGAGCUCAGCCCACGAAUAGAAACUGCUUAGCUGCUUCUAAAAGUGGUGCAAGUGGGGCUGCCGGUUCAACCUCCUCUGGACAGUUCAGAAGAGGUGAUGGAGGCCGCUAUUCGAUGAGAGGUGCAAACGCGCAAGGAGUCGCACCAUCUAGCCCUCAGCAGUGCUCGAAGAGACCACCAUUUAGGGCUGGGGUGGCACCACUGCGGCCUGGGUUUGGUAACCCUGAUAAGCAAAAGGAGCAGGAAAUGAACGCAUGGUUACGAAGGAAGGACUAUAAUCCCAUGAAGGCAGCUGCUGAAGCGAGAAAAGCAAGAGAAUUGAAAGCCAGGUAA